AUGAACGCGUUAUUCCGCGAACAGUUCGCUCGUUCGUGUCGAGCAGAAGCGCAGAAGAAGAAGAAGGACGACGACGACGACGACGACGGGAGAGGCACGUUUACGUACCACCAACUGACGAUUCUCGCGCAGCACGCGUACGCUUUGAGCCUAGGAGCGACCGUUUUGAAAGACGAGGAAGAGGAAAAGGAGUUAAAGCCCGUGCAGAGGCGAACGUACGUCGCCGUGCCCGAGGAACGAAUAACCACUCGGUUCGAUAUCGUGCUCCAAGCGUGCGAUUGGACGAAGAGAGGAGGAGGCGAAAAGAAGAACUCUUCCAGGAAGUUUGUGACGUUCGCGACGUUUCGAGAGGAGACGUAUUCGUCGUCGUCCGGAGGUAACGGCGGGAAGAUAUUCGACGCGAAGAAGGCGUUCGGGGACGGUGUAGAGAAGAGGGGCGAGGAGGACUUUUUGCGCGAUAAAUCGGACAUCGAAGUGCACGAACUGUUUUCCGAGUCUAUGUUCGAUCCAAUCUACCGAGCGUACGCGGAAGCCGUCGCGACGGUGCCGAAUAGGAGAGAACCGCCGAGUUUACGCGCGACGCCGAAGGAGUUGUUGGAACGGAUUUUUACCAAAGUUCGAGGGGUGGAUUUGUGCGCGUUGACGGCGACGUGUAAAGCGUUUAAAGCUGUCGUCGAUGGAAAGAACGAGAGAAAACAAGAUGCACUCUUUUUGAACGCGAUUGAACGAGAGUUUCCUGGGAUUGUUCGUGAAGUGAAGGCGAUGGAAGUGGACGCGGGGAGACUGGUCGCCGGCGCGGUUCGAGCGGCGGAGACGAGGACGAAAGACGAUUUUCGACCAAACGGAGGAGAGAUUGUCCCGAAAGCAGAAUACAAACGAUUAAUACAAAACCAAAGAGAACGCGAAGAAGCGCGAAUUCGAGAGGAGUCUAUGAAUAGAAUGCGCGAAAACAUGUCGUUUCGAGGACAAGGACGAGGACGCCAGGGGGGAGGGAACAACAAUUAUCGCCCGUCCUACCCGCACCGCGACAUCGUCCCGGGUUUCCCCGGUUUUGUUCCCGGCAUAACCGGCGGUGCGUACGAUUUGUACCCGAACCCAGAUCCAACCGGCGGUUUCAACCCGUUACCGCCUCCUGGAUCCAUCCCAGGUAUCGGUGGUCCUCCUCAGCGUCCGGGACGAGGAAGAGGGCAUCUCUUCCCGGAUCCGAACGGUGCUGGCGAUUUUACCGGAUUCGAAGGCGUCCCGGGCGGCAUGCCAGGAGGUUUACCGACCCCAAACGGUCGCGAGCCACCGGAUAGGUUCCAUACGCGCGGACCACCUCCACCGGAGAAUCGAUUCGGUGGACCGGGAGGAUCCGGAGGUUUCGGCCGAGGCGGCUUCUUUUAA